AUGGCCGACUACAACCGCUACGGCCACGGCCACGACCAAGGAUACGGCCAGGGCUACGGCUACGCGCCGUCGGCGCCUCCCGCGCCCACCUCCUCGCCGUACGGCAACGGCCAAGGAUACAGCCAGGGCUACGUGGCCUCGGCGCCUCCCGCGCCCACGCCUUCCUCCUCCUCCUCCUCGCCGUACGGCUACGGCUACGGCCAAGGAGGCUACCCGCCGCCGAUGGGGGGUUCCGGGGGAGCCGUGGCGUUCCCGCCGGGGACGCAUCCGGACGUGGAGCGCGCGUUCCGGGCCGUCGACCGCGACGGCAGCGGCAGCAUCGACGAGGGGGAGCUGCAGGCCGCGCUGUCCGACGCGCACCACCGCUUCAGCAUCCGCACCGUCCGCCUCCUCAUCUUCCUCUUCAGCAACGCCCAGCUCGCCUCCUCCCCGCGCUCCCGGAUGGGUAAGCAGAGCACACGCCUAUGCAGCUAUGCUCCAUCAAACAUCCACGACAAAAUCUGCAUCACUUCCGGCACUGUUUCAGUAAAAGAACAAGUACUGAUUUCUUGCUGCCUCCGAACGAUGUUUGUUGCAGGGCCAACGGAGUUCGUGACGCUAUGGAACUGCCUCGGGCAAUGGCGGGUCGUUUUCGACAGAUACGAUAGGGACCGCAGCGGAAAGAUCGAUUCCGAUGAGUUGAGAGAAGCUCUUCGCAGCCUGGGAUACGCGGUGCCGCCUUCGGUCAUUGAUCUUCUCAUAGCAAACUACAACAAUGGCGUUUCCCACCGCGGCGCCCUAGACUUCGACAACUUUGUGGAGUGCGGAAUGGUUGUGAAGGUACGUCACCGAUACCGAUCAAUCAACCACUUAAUCGAAGUUUCAAAUGUUUGCUGA